AUGGCUCAUCUCGCCGCUCACUUUGAGCCUGCGCAGACGCGCCAUGCUGCUUCCAACGCCUCGCCCUCGCCACAACCGUACACGAUCGGGCACGACGCGCGCUCAAGCGCCUCAGCCACCCCGUCGAGUCAGGCACAGCAUACCUUUCCGCAGCAGCUCUCCGACUCGGGCCAGCUCGUGCGCGCUGCCAAUCCUAACGGCUUGCCAAACCAUCUCACCGACACCGACUCGCAACAGCUCGCCCCAGAGCUCGACGAUGAGGACGACGCCUCCACUGCUAGCGGCCGACGCCACGGUGCGCUUCUCGUCGAAGAGGUCAACGAGUGGAUGCUCCAGCACUCCUUUUUCCACUGGGGCCUCAAGCGUCACAUCACCCACGGCAACCCCAAACCAAGGGACGAGCGCGACCUUCCAGACUGGCGCAUGCGCGAACGCUUACGCACCGUCACUGCCGCCCUGGUCAUGUGCCUCAACAUCGGCGUCGAUCCCCCGGAUGUCUCCAAAACCAACCCAUGCUCCAAGCUCAUCUGCUGGAUGGACCCGAGCUCGCUCGAAGUCUCCAAGGCACUCCCCGCCAUCGGUCGCAACCUUCAGGCGCAGUUCGAGACGCUCAGCACAAAGACUCGCUACAAGCAGUACCUCGAUCCCAUCGUCGAAGAGACCAGGCGCUUUUGCACCAACCUCCGAAGAGCCGCCAAAGACGAGCGCGUGCUCUUCUACUACAACGGCUAUGGUGUGCCCAAGCCCACCCCAGGCGGCGAGAUCUGGGUCUUCAACAAGGCCUACACCCAGUACAUCCCCGUGACACUCUACGACUUGCUCACCUGGCUCGGCAGCCCAUGCAUCUUUGUUUGGGACGCAAGUUCGGCAGGCAACGUCGUCGUCAACUUCAAGCGCCUUCAGGAGCGCAAGGCCGAAGAGGACGCCGCCAGAGCAAACCGCGGCGACAGGGAGGGUCGCGACCGAGACCGCGCAUCCGGCACCACGUCCGCCGCUUCUUCAGCAAAGAAGACCGCCGACCAGGCAAACAACGAGGAGCCGCACUUCCCGCUCCGAGAGUCCAUCCACCUUGCAGCCUGCGGGCCAGACGAGGUGCUGCCCAUGAAUCCCGACUUGCCCGCCGAUCUCUUCACCUGCUGCCUCACCUCGCCCAUCGAGAUCUCGCUCCGAUGGUUCGUGCUGCAGAACCCGCUGCCUUCCAAGCUCAAUGUCGACAUGGUCAUGAAUAUCCCAGGUCGCUUGCAAGACAGGAGAACGCCGCUCGGAGAACUCAACUGGAUCUUCACCGCCAUCACAGACACCAUCGCAUGGACCGUCCUGCCUCGCACCAUCUUCCGACGUCUCUUCCGUGACGACCUCAUGGUCGCCGCUCUCCUCCGCAACUUCCUCUUGGCAGAGCGAAUCAUGCGCUUCUACCACUGCACGCCCAUGAGUCACCCCAAGCUGCCGCCAACACACAACCAUCCGCUCUGGGACAGCUGGGAUCUUGCCGUCGAUCAGUGCCUCGCCCAGCUUCCGACUUUACUGGCAAAGGAACGUGCACAGGCAGAGGCGGCCGAAGGCGGGCCACCCGUCCCCCCGCACCUCGCGGCGUUCGAGUACCGCCACAGCACCUUCUUCAGCGAGCAGCUCAAGGCCUUUGAGGUCUGGCUUCAGCAGGGCGGCGUCAGCAGGAAGGGUAGGAGGCGUCGAGUCAAUGCCGCCAUCACGCCCCACGGCAAUCCAUCAGCUGGCUUAUCAUCCGCCGCUACGGGCGCGGAUCCGGACGCGUUUGACGAUGAUGGAGACGCAAGCCCCGUGCGCGAGCCGCCCGACCAGCUCCCGAUCGUUCUACAGGUGCUGCUCUCGCAAGCACACCGUCUGCGCGCGCUCAUCUUGCUCAGUCAGUUCCUCGACCUGGGCCCUUGGGCUGUUAACAUGGCGCUCAGCAUCGGCAUCUUCCCCUACGUGCUCAAGCUCCUCCAGAGCCCCGCUGCCGAUCUCAAGCCCGUGCUGAUCUACAUCUGGGCACGCAUUCUCGCCGUCGACCGCAGCUGCCAGAACGAUUUGCUCCGCGACAACGGCUUCGUCUACUUUGCAGGCGUCCUCAGCCCGUUCCAGAACAACACGGCUGGCCAGAAUGCCGGCGCUAACGGGCCGUCCAUCCCCAUCCCAAACGUCUCGGAGCACCAGGCCAUGUGUGCCUUCAUCCUCGCCGUUUUCUGCCAGGACUUCCCCGCUGGUCAGGCGGCAUGUCUCGAGACCGACGUCAUGCAUUCGUGCCUUGAGCAUCUGGAGGACGACGACUUCUUGCUCCGGCAGUGGAGUGCGCUCUGCCUCGCCCAGCUGUGGGACGACAACGAAGCCGGCAAGGCGCGCGCGAUCUCGCUCGAUGCGCACGGCAAGCUCUGCUGCAUGCUCGGCGAUGUGUCGCCAGAGGUGCGCGCAGCUGUGCUCCACGCACUCGGCACCUUGCUCGGCACGAGCGGCUCCAGUCAGGAUCAGAUCGACAUUGUCUCGCACGCCACAGGCGAGCCCGUCCCUGUACCCAGCAGCAGCGCUCGACCCGCAUCGACCCGACGCUUUUGCCCCGGCACUGGCGCUGCCACAGGCCUCCCGCCAGCAAAGCAGCGCGGCCUCGAGAUCGGCAUCGCCACUGCCAUGCUCACUACCAAAGGCGACUGCAGCCCCUUGGUGCGCAAGGAGCUCGUCAUUGCGCUCAGCCCUGUCGUCGCCGAGUACAAGGGCUUCUUUGUGCUCGCCGCCUACCUGUAUUACUCGAAAGAGGGCAGCUUGCAGAACCCACCCUCGCAGCAGGAAAGAAAGUCGGCCGCAGGCAAGGGAAAGGCGCAGAGCGCAGCAGCGGAUCGUGGAGGUUCGUUGAAUACGCUCGGCCGAUCAGGGUCGAAUGCCAGCGUUGCUGGGCCGUCAGCCGGAUCGCUCGCCAACGAGGAGGCGCUCCUCGCCCGCAUCGCGUCCAAGCUCCUGAUCGAGGAGGAGAUCGAGGAAGAAGACAUUGCCAACAUUCCGGCGUUCACCACCAUCUUUGUCGCGCUGCUUGAUCUCAGCGUCGACUCGAAUCCCGAGGUGGCCAACCUGGCCUGCACGGUAGUCGACUUUAUCUCGGCGCUCCUGCUCGAAAGCGACGUAUCGAGUGCGGGCGAGAGCGCGCUGCGUGGAUUUGGCGCUGCAGAGGCGAUCACACGAUUCACGACGCCAACUAGCACCGAUGCGGGCCUCGAGGGAUACUUCCCUCUGACACCGCACUCUACCGUCUCGACCCCUGGCUCUACGGACGAGAUGUCGACCUCGCAGAUCGCGGCUCUGAACGGCGCGCAUGUUCCGCCGUCUGGCUUUGGCACGGGUGGAUCUGGACCUGCUCGCCCACGUCAGACACAACGUCCGCAGUCGUACGCGCCGCCAAAGCGCUCGUCAACCCUGGCACAGGCGGUCAAGACGCUCGCAACACUGGGCUACUCGCGCCCUGCCUCUCCAGUCGGCUCGGACCACGACAGUCAGGGGCGUCCCCUGUACGGCGAAGCCGGACCUUCCGGCAUUCCGCCUCCUGGCCCAGCAGUCAUUGCGCCGCGCAGGAGCCCGGGCACAAAAGCCGCGGCCGCACAGUACAGCUCUCCGUAUUCACCACGCGGUGGUGCGGGAGCGCCCACGACGCCCUCGCUCGAGCCGCCGUCCGCGGUGUCGAUGCCGUCAUCGCCGCUCAACACGAACGCAAAACUCAGCAAUCGCUCGCAGAGCGCCGAGAGUCUGUCGUACAUCAACGGCAGCAAGGGCGAUCGCAAGAAGGCGCUGGGUCGCGGCGAAACCGUGCAGUCGCCACAGCAGUAUGUCAAUGGCAACGGCACCAGCCAGCCGGCGCAUGGCGGCGCGCGCGAUGCGCAGCGCUUCUACGGCGACGAGAUGGAGAGCGACCCGCACGUCGCGGUCGACGACCAUGUCAAGGUCGGCGAUGCGCUUGCUGGUCUGAUCGCCAUGGACAUGUGGCGCUUCCGGCAGCGCUUCACGGGCACGGGCAGUGCCGAAGGCUCGGGACAGAACACGCCUGCUUCUUCGCCCGCCGUCAGCCGUGCGAACCGUUGGGGCCUUGCGUCGACGCCGGGCAGCAGCGGCAUGAGCACGCCGUCUGGGUCCAUCGGAUCGGGCGGAGGAGGUGCAGAGCUGCGCGAGACGCUGCCGCUCAAGAGCCGUCUGUUUGCGUGGUGCAGCGAGUACUACAUCGAGCCACAGAUGAAGCAGGCCGAGAGCGAGGAGCCGGGCAGCAUCAAGUACAACGUGCAGCACUGGAAGAAGCAGCGCAACAGCCGGCUGACGGAGCACUCGCUCGAGAUCGCCGACGAUGCAGCGCAGAGCGCGUGGUCGGAGCACGGAGGCUACAUCCGCAACGGCGCGGUGCCGCAGGUGAUGCUGUUCCACCAGUACGAGAACCACCUGGUGACGGCGAGCGACCAGGACACGGUGGCGGUGUGGGACUGGGAGGAGAAGCGGCUGCUGAGUCGGUUCGCCAACGGCAACCCGGCGCGCACCAACAUCACGUCGGCGCUGUUCAUCAACGAGGACAGCGAUGCGAUGCUGCUGGUGGGCUCGGCGGAGGGCAAUGUGCGCAUCUACCGGCACUACGACUCGCCGACGCACACGGCGGGUUUCCGCGGCCCGGAGCUCGCGUCGAGCUUCCAGGCGCUGCCGGACCUGGUGCGGAGCAAGCGGCCGAGCGGGCUGGUGGUGGACUGGCUGCAGGGUUCGGGCCAUCUGCUGGCGGGAGGCGACAGCCGGGUGAUCCGGGUGUGGGAUGCGCACCGCGAGCUGUGUGUGGUCGACAUCCCCACGCGCGCGUCGAGCUGCGUGACGUCGAUCAGCUCCGAGUCCGACUUUGGGCAUCUGUUCGUCGCCGGCUUUGGCGACGGCACGGUGGGCGUGUACGACCGGCGCAAUCCGCCCGAGGCGAGCCUGGUGCGGCUGUGGGAGGAGCACCAGACGUGGGUGCAGAAUGUGCACCUGCAGAAGCGCGGUUCGCGCGAGCUAGUGACGGCCAGCAUGGACGGCGAGGUGCGGCUGUGGGAUAUGCGCGUGCGCUCGUCGAUCGCGCGGCUGAGCAUGGGCGCCAAGCUGGGUGGCAAGCUGUCGUGCAUGGCGGUGCACGAGCGCGUGCCGCUCUUCGCCGUGAGCUCGGCACCCAAGCCGCUGCGACCGGCUGCGGCGCCCCAGACGGUGGUGCUGACGCAUCUCGAGACGCUCAAGACGCUUGGGCGGCCGAUUACACGCACGUUUGCACAGGCAGGGUCCACGCAGCACCUGGGCAAUAGCACGCUGCUGUACCCGCCGGAUGCGGUCAACUCGGGGGUGCACCACCACCACCAUCUGCACCAUCUGCACCAUCCGGGCGAGAUGCACCACGCUCCGCCCACGCCCACCGCUAGCGGGUUCGGACUGUUGUCGGGCGCGCAUGCUUCGACCGGCAACGUGGGUGGCACGCACGGCCCCAUGCUCAACCCGACCAAUCCACUGCACACGCUCCUGCCACCUGCAGCCGAGCUGCCGCCCUCGAGCUUCUCGCCUGCUAUGGGUAGCAUGGCGUUCCAUCCGCACCUGCCCAUUCUGGCGUUCGGCGGACCGGACAGUGUGAUCGAACUGCGCGAGUGGCCGGAUCCCAACUAG